GACGUUAUAUGGUUCCUCCAAGUUAUAUAUUUUUAUCCCAAGGUACUGUCUCGCUAUAUUGUGAUAUAUUUGAAAUCAAUGUCAUUUUGUCAAAGUGAAAUAACUAUUUAAUGGCGAAUGUCACGUCUAAAGGGAACAUAUGGAACGUUUCAAAGCAAAUAUGGCCGCUUCGUUAGUGCUGAAAAGAUGGUGCAGCAAUGCGGUUCAAAGCAAGGGCAGCCGGUUGGAGAGGUUGCGAAACAGUCGCGUGGCGGGUUGGUGCCGCGGCUUGCUCAGCGACUACAGGGAGGCGUGCCGCGAAGUCGUGGUGGGCUCGUGGGAGCGGCCUUUUAAAGCCUCCGUCUACCUCUCCCUCCUGGGCGGGGCGUGGGCCUGCUACCUCACCAACCCGGACGACGCCUCCUUCGAGACCUCCCUCCUGGAGUCGGCCAAUCAGCUGGGGCUGCUGUCGCCGUGGAUACGCAGCGGGACGUCGGACGGGCACGUGCAGGGCCUGGUGCGGCUGCGGAACGAGGGCCGGCUGCGGUACGCCAGCCUGGGCGUGGCCUCGCUGACCUACCGGGCGGACCACGACCCCGAGGCGAGCCUGUACGAGGCGCGCUGCUCCCUCCUGUCCGUGCCCUGGGCCGAGCUGCGGGAGCGCGUGCUGGACGUGGGCUUCGCCGGCCGCUGGUGGCUGCUGGGCGCCAAGAUGAGGGACUACGACGUCAACGAGGACGAGUUCCGCCACCUGCCCCCGGCCAUGGCGGCCACGGCGCCGCCGUCCACCGCCGGGACGGAGCGGAACGAGAAGCUGCACGCCGAGUCCUGGAAGCCGCUGGUCAUGAGCGCGGAGGACGUCGCGCGGGCGGAGGGAGAGCAGGCCGCCACGGGGAGCGAGACCGCGGGACAGGAGGCACAGACAGGACCGCAGACACAGCUGUGAUGGUGGAAUGGCCGUGGACACGCAAACGCACAAGAUCACGCGCACACACACACGUGAUCACACACACACAUUCACUAAAUCCUGGGAUCAGUCUGCAUUCGUCCUUGACUUUGACUUUGACAAAUAAAGCGCAUGCUUACUUUGUUCAGUAUGGAAAUAAAAUGGAGUGAAAAAACACACAUUUGUUUCGUAAGUGUAAUUUAAUUAUAAAUGUUGAUUGCACCCAGGCCUCAAACUGAAUCUGGAGACAGUUCACAGAGAAUUCGCUUGUGUGGGAGAGAUGACUCCUCUCACAUCUCUUCAUCAAAGCUCUGCUAAUGACACUUCCAUACUGACGGACUUUGAACAGUUUCAGUAGAGAUGGACUCCGGGAGUCUGCCAUCAGCCGAAUUUGGCCUCUGAGACUGCCUUUGUUCUGUGGCUGAAACGUUUUCAUUUAGCUGAACCAAAUUUGAAACCGAUGACGUAUGUACCAUGCAAACCACCCAAUGAAGUACAUGACAGUCAAAACGGAUAGAAACACGUUUAAUUUAUGGUCUUUGCAGGAUUUCUGAUGGUGCAGAUGGUUUUAAAGAGGUCUGACAGUGUGACCCAUCUAAGAAAGGUCAAAAAGUUACCCUUUGUGACAUUUGUGAAAAUAAAAUGGAUUGUGUUUUUGAAUUAUAAAA